AUGGGACCAACAGAAUACUGUAUCACGAUAUUGCUGCCCAAACCACCACAGAACCUCCCUCGUGUUUCACUUAGUAGUGCCAGUAGUAGCAGCAGUAGUGGCAGUAGUAGUGGCAGUACCCCUAGUGUCAGUGGCAGUAGUAGUGGCAGUAGCAGCAAUAGCAGUGGCAGUAGCAGCAGUAGUAGUGGCAGUAGUAGUGGCAGUACCCCUAGUAGUGGCAGUAGCAGCACCCCUAGUAGUAGUGGCAGUAGUAGUAGCAUCAGUAGUAGUAGUGGCAGUAGUAGUAUCAUCAGUAGCGGUAGUGUCAGUAGUAGAGGCAGUAGCCGUAUCAGUAGUAGUAGCAGUAGCAGUAAUAGCAGUAGUAGUGGCAGUAGUGGUGAUAGCAGUAGCAGUAGUAGUAGUUGUGUGAAUAUGUCACUGAAAAGUGCUGGCCGAACAAACACGGUUCACAUGAACGCUUCGUCACUGGGUGGGAGCGCCGUGAUGGCAAUGUUUUAUCCUGAAAUGGUAGAGGCAUAG